UGGAAACCCAGAAAGCUACAUGGCAGCCAUCCACCGGAAGAAAGAGACUUUGCAAGUGCCAUGGGCAUCCCAAGACAAGUUACCUCAACUCUCCACACAGUCCUCAGAGGGGGGCCCGGGGCGGCCUAAGAAGUAUCUGGUCUACCCGCACCCGCCCAGGAGGUCCCGCCUGUCCCGGUCGGUCCUGCGCUGGCUCCAGAGCCUGGACCUCACCUUCUUCCCCAGGAACAUCAGCAGGGAUUUUUCCAAUGGCUUCCUGAUCGCAGAAAUAUUCGCUAUAUAUUACCCCUGGGACCUCAACUUGUCAUCCUUUGAAAAUGGCACUUCUCUAAGAGUCAAGCUGGAUAACUGGGCACAGUUGGAAAAGUUCCUGGCCAAAAAGAAAAUCCGAUUACCCAGAGAACUAAUCUACGGGACGAUCCACUGCAAAGCCGGGGUGCCGGAGAUCCUGAUCCAGGAGGUGUACACCUUGCUGACACACCAAGAAAUCCAAAGCGUCCAGGACGACCUUGUGAACUUCACAGACUACAGCUACCAGAUGCAACUGCCUCUGCUGCCCAGGUCCACGGCCUCCAAGUUCAUUAAAGACAACAUUCGCUUGACAGAGCUCAUGAGCAAUCCCAGCAUGCUCAGCAACGAACUGAAAAUCGAUUUCCUCUUCCUUUUGCAAAUGCUGCAAAGGAAACUGAGCAGAAAGUUGCACCCGAGCAGGUUUGAAGUCAAACCGAACGUGGGAGAGCUCACUCUGGACCACAUCUCUGCGCAGGCCUGUCGCCACAAGCCCAAAGCAGUGACGUCAAGGCAACGGGCGGUUUCUGUUCUACCAAAUAUAGGCAACGCUGGCAAGUAGGGGAACAAUCCCCGGGAAGCAGCCCGGAACAGCUUCUGUCACCCCGAGAGGGGGCCUGUGGGGACCUGGACACGUCACCGUGGAAACGCCUCCUGCUUUUGAGAAGGGCUGCCGCCGCCUUUGCCACGUGAAAGGGACAGAUGGCCUCCUCUGGCUUAUAGUUCAAUGAGAAGUACAUUAAAGUGGUGUCUUCGCCAUACUUGUACCUGG